GGCAGAACGGAGAUGCAUCAUAUCGAAAAAGACAAGCGUCCGGUAUGUACGGGCGUUCCGAGGAGACCCGUCCCGUCCCUACACUUGAGGUCUCUUCUCGGUCAGAGUGUUCCGGUUCUCCCCGGCGUAGAUUCCACCAUACGAAGGAGGAUGCUCCGAAGCGGUCGCUCCGUAAAGUGUACCAGGGAGAUGAGGUGCCAAGGGUGCGGCGGUUUGGAAUCGACGUUGAGCUUCGUUGAAACGUUCAAUGUGCUCAAAAGUGGUCUUGAUGAACCAUGUCGCAGUGAACAAGAUGGCAGUACCGAGGAGGAUACAGAUGACGUGCACUGCCACUUCGGUAGUCACCGCUGCAAAGUAGAAGCACACUACGCUGACACCGACACACGCGAAAGAAAGGAGGGGAUGGAGGAUGAUUCGAGCGGAGGAGAGAGCUGUGGGCUGGUAGACAUCGUGGGAAGCCUGCAUCCUGAGUUAGUGAUACUGCAGCUACUUAUAAGGAUCGGUCCCGCUUGGAUCCAUCUUCUGCAUUCACUACAAUACUAAUCAAAAAUGA